AUGACAGGAAACAAGUUGUGGAAGUCGGCACCUACGAAGCUGCUUAAGACCAUUAAAUCCAUUGUGCAUUGGGGAUUUGUGCCUCUUGUCGUUUAUAUUGCGCUUAAGCAGGAUCCUAGUCUCACUGUAAUGCACAUUAUCAACCCGUUUGCAGCUCCUGCUGGUUCUAGAGAUUCUUACUCACCUGGCUGGCUUGUCACAGGGAGCAUGACUAUCCAAGAGAAAGAAAAUCUUGACGCUUGUCGGUAUAUUACGCCUAAGGAAGAUGGAUGCAACAGCCACUCGGCCCAGUCUUCACAGCACAAUCGAAAAGCUUAUAAUGACACGAUUAUCUUGAACAUGCAAUUAGAAAUCCAACAGUAA